AUUCGACAUCUUACCACAAAUAGCUAGCUAUAGUAGACAUGCAUGACAUCAGUUUGUUCCUAAUCGAUCUCAACCAACCUUCGCCGCAUUUCUUCGUUGAGAAGGAGGCCGAUUCUUCAUAAGGAGAGAUGAGUUAUGACAACCAGCAACAUCCAGCUCCAAUUAGUUUUCAUGAAGCUGAGAAUGUUGUCCAACGUCAAACUUCACCAGGAAACCUGCAACAAGGAAAACCUUCGACAGAUGUUCCUUCUUUGGAUAAAGGAAACCUGCAGCAAGGAAAACUUUCGACAGCUGUUCAUUCUUUGGAUAAAGUGCAUUUGGAUUGUGUUUGUCCUCCUGCUGGGAAUGUUGUCCAACGUCCAACUUCACCAAGAAACCUGCAGCCAGAAAAACCUUCGACAAAUGUUCCUUCUUUGGGUAAAGUUGUAAAGGAUAUGAAAGAUUCAGGUCCUGUCGGGGGCUCUGUCCCAGAUUUCCCUCCUUCAUCUACUACCCCAUAUCUAAAAGAUUCUUCGGGUCCAGUCGGGAGCUCUGUCCCAGGUUUCCCUCCUUCAUCAGCUGCCCCAUCUCAUCCUAAGAAAGAGGCCAACUGCAUUAAAAAAUGUCUAGCAACACUUUCACCACGUUGUUGUUACUCUUGACAAGAACAUCCUUCGGUCAGCGAUCUAGUCGUGGACUUGUAUGCAUGGAGGACAAUUGGUCUGGUGAAGAACAAGAUGGACUUUAUUACUUACUUCCAUACAAGACAUCAACAAUUGAUGUAGUUGAUGGUUCUGUUUAUAGUGUAUCUUCUACUUCCAAUAAUCCUAAUACAAUUGUUUCAAAUCCUUCCAUUUUAGAUGUAUGACAUGAUCACCUUGGACAUCCAUCACUUGCUAGACAAUGCUUGUUGAAUAAACAAGCUUCUGUUAUCAAUUCUCCUUAUCAGAAUAUCUGUGAUAUAUGUCAUUAUGCAAAUUAAACUAAUUUAGC